CACAAAUGUUUAUCUAUGUUGUGCACAAACCAAGAAGUUUAUUUGGUUCUGGUUGUCCCUUGUGUGUGUGUGUGUGUGUGUGUGUGUGUGUGUGUGCACCUCAGAGGCUGUGACAGCUGCACGGAGUGGUUCCACGGUCAGUGCGUCGGCGUGUCGGAGAAAGCAGCCAAAGCCAUUCGAGUUUGGUUCUGCCCAUCCUGCAGAGACAGAGACUCGUCUCUGGAGAUCAAAUACCGUCAGAAAAAGAUCAAGGAGGCGGAGCCUGAGAGGGACGACAGACCGGAUGGCGAGCGAAGCUCCGCCCUCCAGGCCAGGAUAGACCGGCGGCGGGGUUCUCAGAUCAAGCGCUCGGCCCGGAUGUGCGGCGAAUGUGACGCCUGCCUGAGGACGGAGGACUGCGCUCAGUGUGACUUCUGCAAAGACAUGAAGAAAUUUGGUGGUCCAAACAAGAUCCGGCAGAAAUGCCGCCUCCGGCAGUGCGAGGUCCGAGCUCGGAAGAUGCUUCGAGUUCGAGACGAGGAGAUGAGUUGGAGUGGCAGCAGGGGGCGGGGCCUGUCCACAAAGGGGGCGGGGCAUCUUUCAGAAGACGAUGAAGAAGAGGACGAGGAUGAGGAAGGUUUCAGUGAGAGCGAGCUGGAGCUGUACCAGCAGUACAAAGCGGCUGGAUUCAGAGACCUGGUGUGGCACAGCGAGGAGGAAGAUGAUGCUCAGUCAGACUCUCUGAGGAAGAAGGCAGUGAAGGUGAAACACGUGAAGAGACGAGACAAGAAACCGGAGAAAAAGAAGUCCGUUUCUGUUCCCAAAGAAGAGGCGAAACCUCGGCGCCACAAGGUGAAGCAACGCCACAGGGAGCGCAUGCGGCACAGCGAGCGCGCAGGAGAGGGCGGGGCUAAAGAGGCAUGCGGGGCUUUGAGGCAGUGUCUGGGUCCGGGCUGCGUUGAACCGGCAAGAAGUGGCUCCAAGUACUGCUCAGAGGACUGCGGCAUGAAACUGGCAGCCAACCGGAUCUAUGAGAUCCUCCCCCAGAGGAUCCAGCAGUGGCAGCAGAGUCCCUGCGUCGCCGAGGAGAUGGGGCGGAGACAGCUGGAGCGAAUCAGGAAGGAGCAGCAGGCCGCCAGGCUCCGCCUCACGCUGAUGGAGAAACGUUUCCAUGAACUGGAAACCAUCAUUGCCAAUGCCAAGCAGCAGCAGGUCCAACAAGACGAGGAGGUUGCUGAGGGAGACGGGGACGACACAGACCUCCAGAUCUUCUGUGUGUCCUGCAGUCACCCCGUCAACCCCAAGGUGGCGCUGCGACACAUGGAGAGGUGCUAUGCUAAGUACGAGAGCCAGACCUCGUUUGGCUCCAUGUAUCCGACUCGCAUCGAAGGGGCCACCCGGCUAUUCUGUGAUGUCUACAACCCUCAGAGCAAGACAUACUGCAAGCGGCUGCAGGUUCUGUGUCCAGAACAUUCCAGAGAUCCCAAGGUCCCGGCAGAUGAGGUGUGUGGAUGUCCUCUGGUCAAAGACGUCUUCGAGCCCACUGGAGAGUUCUGUCGGGUCUCUAAGAGGAAGUGCAACAAGCACUACUGCUGGGAGAAGCUGCGGCGGGCAGAGGUCGACCUGGAGCGAGUCCGAGUGUGGUACAAGCUGGACGAACUGUUUGAGCAGGAGAGGAACCUGAGGACGGCGAUGACCAACCGGGCUGGGCUGCUGGCGCUGAUGCUGCACCAGACCAUUCAGCAUGACCCAAUCACCACCGACCUGCGCUCUGCCAAGGACAGGUAGACGGCAGGACAGAUGGACAUCUGGACCGUUGGCCUGUGUCCUGAAGCAGUUUUAGUCGUUCUAGGAAGGCUGUCAGCAGCCGGGCUUCACUUCAAGAACCAAACAAACAGAACUGACCCGGAUACAGGAUCAAUCCAGAAGUGGCAGGCAGACGGUUCUGGAUUAACUCACUGAUCCAGAGGUUCUUGUCUGGGAAAGUGGGUCUAACUGGUUCUGGAGGCUCAUUGGUUCUGGAGAUAUGAACCAUCUCAGCCCACAAACUGCAGCUUGCACAGAACCGAUUCUGGUGCUGACAGAAAGAUUUUUACUACAUUUUCAAAGAAAGUUUAAUUUCUUGGAUCAAGCUGAUGUGACACUGAAUGUUCCGGGUCGGUAUCAACCUGCAGCGACCCAUUAGAACCGGUCUGCAGCAGAAUUUUCCCUCUGUGGGACAAUAAAAGUUGUUUCCAUUCCGUUCUGUUCAUCACUGUCCAGCAGGGGAUGAUUAGCGCUAUUGAGUUGCAGUCUGAAUGGAUCGGGUCAGAAUCCAGAACCUUCAGGCGCUCCUUGUUUAUCCCCAUCUCAGCUGCUCUGUAACCAUGACAACAGCCACUUAGUGAAUAAAACGUCAUAAACUCGAAAACAUCCAGUUGUACCUACUUAUAUGGCCAGUUUGCGUAGCUGUUGGUUCUGUGGUUCUGUGUCAUUUGGUUCUGUUGGUGCUGAAACUUCUUGGUGCUGCUGCCUAAACCUUAGGGGACCACAUUACCCAUAAUCCUCAGACCCAUCGAUGACAGGUUGGUGCUCUUGCCAUGGUAACACAUACCUACAAACACUAUGAACUGAUAAAGACAUGAACCCAUCAGAACCGAUCCGGGUUUUUACUCUGACAACAGCAAGACUGACACCUGAUUGGCUGACACCUUCAAAGGAAAGAAGCCAGCAGCCAAUCAGAGAGCUCCAUUUUUUUUACUUCUAAUUUUCACUUUUAGAGUAUUUGUGAUUAUAAAGUUUUCUGUGACGUUUGUCCGUUCGUCGUGGUCCAUCUUCUCCUGCUGCUUCCUCUCGCCUCACAGGAAGUGAUGCGUGACCAGAUUCGGUGUUUUUAUUGGCUCAAAUAAACCUGAUCAUGUUUGAUUGCUGCUGUAGUUUGCCUCAAUUCCACGAUCCUUUCUGCUGCCCUGCCUGUAUUCCCAGAUUUUAAAAAAUUAUGUAAAUACGUAUUUUCACUUAAAACACGCAAUAACGUAUUUUAUUGCACCAAUAUGCUACAAUUUAAUGUAUUUUUACGUAAAUAAAAGACCAAAGCGUCAUA